AUGUAUACUUAUAUGGAAUACUUACAAAAAUGUUAUUAUAAAUCAAUUGGUUGGAAUGAAGAUAAUAUAUAUUCAAAUAUAACUGCUACUUCAAAUGCUUUAUUAGAAUUUUCAAUACCCAAUGGCAUAAAAAUUGAUAAUUCAAAUAAAACAACCGAUUAUUCUGCUAGUUCAUUUACUUUAUCUAAUCAACAUCAAAUAAAUGGUUCAUUAGCUUAUUUAUAUUCGUCUAUACCGUUAACUAAUACAAUGGGUACUAAAGAAAUUUCAUUACAAGAUGCAAUUGCAGGUUUUAAAAUCAUUGAACCAGUUUUACUAGUGAAUAAACAGUUAAAUUCAAAUUUAAAUUCGAAAUCAAGUUCUUUAUUAUAUGGUAGAAUGUAUUUUCCAGGUUCUGCGUUAGAAGCUAUGCUAAUUAAAAGAAUAUCGGAAAAUACGCAAUUAUUAAUUAAAUGUAUAAGUAAUCCACAUUUAGAGAAGAAUGGUACAAUGAUUGUAUAUCUACAAAAUAAUAAGACUAAAUAUCUGAGAGAGUUAAUAUUUUCAACAAAUGAAUUGUUAUUAGGUGUCAGAUGUUUGUAUAAUCUAGGUUCAAGUCUAAAUUCAAAAAUUAAUCCCAAUUUGAUCCCCAAAUUUGAUAAUUCUGUCGUUUCAAUCGGUACUGAAUUAUGGUAUGCUGCAAGAACAAUGAGUCCAGGAUUAUCAACAGCUUUGAGAUACUCAACUAGAUCUACAUCAACAGGUAAACCUCUAACAAUGACUCUAGCUAUAAAUCCAAUAUUAGGUCAUGUUUCAUCUACAUAUACAGUUAAAACAUCAGUUGCAUCUACAUUUUGUUCAAAAUAUGAUUUUAAUUUCUUUUCAUAUGCAAGUAAUUUAUCAUUAGGUUUUGAGUUGUAUAGUUAUUCAAGAAAGAAGAAUAAUUUGAAAAGUUUUCCAAUUAAAAAUGAUCUACCACCAACAAAUACAGAGAUUUUAAAUCAAAUACGGAGUAUAGAUAAUGGUUAUCAAAUAAAGCCAGAUUUAGUCUCAUCUAAAACGUUAAAUAAUCAAGCAGUAACUACAGCUUUUCAAAAUUUAGUAAAUGAAUCUGAUUUUUCUUCAGUACUCAAAGUUUCCACUAGUUUAAAUGAUAAAAUGAUGAAAUUAUUAUGGGAAGGUAGAUGUAAAGAUAUAUUAGUAAGUACAGGUGUUAAAAUUGCGUUAAAUCCAACAACAAAUACACCAGAAGUUAAUAGAUUAGGUAUAUCAUUCUCGUAUGCUUGUUAA